AUGUCCAUCUUUAAGCGCAGCAGCACCCACAUUGUGGGGAACGGUGCGACGAUGGCGUUUAAGGAACCCAAUUACGGCGAGGGGGCGUCUGAGACGAAUGUGCCCCCUGCCAAUCGGAUGACACCGAAUAGUAGCCGACGCCGUUUCUCGUACCACAGGCCGUCCAUCGCGACGAGAUCCAGCACGCCGCCCUCCCCCGACUCGGCCGAGGAGAUUGCCCCGGAUACCAAGGUGCCCGAUGCCAAGGACAAGUCACACCGCGUUUCCAUGCCCACCACGCGUGACUUUUUCGAAAACCGCUCCAAGAAGGUCCGGGCACACACCGGGCUCUCCAUCCGGGGCCGCGUCGGCUUCGGCCCCGCCAAGGGCCUCUCGCACCGACGCACGAGAAGCGUGGAGCGGAACAAGAAGAACAAUGAAGAGUUGACGCGGUUGCCGUGGGCAAUCCCGCCCGAUGUAGGCACUGGUAUGAAGGCCCGGCGGCUCAGCCUCAGCCUGCCUGACGAUUUCACCGUGGACGUCGUGGAUCUCAUGAAGGAGUUCGAGUAUCAGCAUAAGCUUCUCGGUCGGCACGGGAAGCACCUCGGCAAGGGCGCGACCUCGAAGGUGACGCUGAUGGUGCGCAAGGGCUGCCCUACCGAGAUGUACGCCGUCAAAGAGUUCCGCAGCAAGAGUUCGUCAGAAACCUUGGCCGACUACGAGAAGAAGAUCAAGUCUGAGUACAGCAUCGCCAAGAGCCUGCACCAUCCCAACAUCGUCGAGACGAUCCGCCUAUGCACGAACCACGGUCGCUGGAGCCACGUGAUGGAGUAUUGCUCAGAGGGUGACCUCUUCACCCUCGUGUCGAAGAAGUACCUGAGGGAGGAGGGCCGCGCCACCGACCGCCUCUGCCUGUUCAAGCAGCUCUGCCAGGGAAUCAACUACCUGCACUCCAACGGGAUCGCCCACCGGGACAUCAAGCUGGAGAACCUCCUGAUCACGAAGGACAGCAAGCUGAAAAUUACCGAUUUCGGCGUUUCCGAGGUCUUCUCGGGUAUCCACCCGGGCCUCAGGGAAGCCGGCGGCCAGUGCGGCAUCGGUAUGGUGGACGUGCGCCUCUGCAAACCAGGCAUCUGCGGCAGCCUGCCGUAUAUCGCGCCCGAAGUUCUCAGCAAGAAGAGCGAGUACGACCCCCGGGCCCUCGAUAUCUGGAGCUCGGCCAUCGUCAUGAUCUACCUCACCUGCAGCGCCAACCUGUGGGAGAAGGCGGAGGCGGGAUUGCCGGGGCCGGCCCAGAAGAUCUACAACGAGCUCGUCGCCGGCUGGGAGAAGAUCGAUGCGAAGCGGGCGUCGAACCCCGACGACCUGAGCAAGGACGCGUAUCCGAAGAUUGCGGCUUUCGAAUUCUGCGUCAAAUCCGCGCCCCUCCGACGGCUCCUUCUGAACAUGCUGCAUCCGGACCCGACGAAACGAAUUACGAUGCACGAGGUGAUCUCGAACCGGUGGAUGAGGAAUGUGGAAUGCUGCCAACUCGAGAGCUACGAAGACCCGGUCAAGUUCAUCGACGCCGCCAAGAUGGGCAGCAUGAAGUCUAGCACGGGCAAGAUCUUCUGUCACAACCACCUACCGCCUAUGAGCACAGGCCACGGGUUACCCCCUAUGCCUGGCAAGCCCGGUUACUGA